UGAUAAUUAAGACUGAGCUAACAGAUGAGAAUCCUAGUCAUUGGCUAAGCAGCAUUUGAACCUAAUACAAGUCUCUGUGUAUUAUUUGGGCCCUAAUGCAGUAAGCAGAACUCAAGAGGGUGGCGGGGUGGAAAGAUUUAUUGUAACACAAUGGAAACAUUUAGGAAAACACUGGUUUUAACGGCAGUGGAGGCUGCCCUUCCCCAGGCUGUGGCUGUUGGUCUGGCCUUUCUCAUUACUUGCCCUUUCUUUUUAGUGCUCAGAGGUGGAGAAUGGGCUAGGGAGGGGACAGAAAAGCACUGUGUAGUAAGGCCAUUUGGUAGAAGGUUAUCCUGGCUAGAUUUUUAUUUUUGUUGUUGUUGUCAAUUUGACACAAGCUAGAGUCACUUGAAAAGAGUGGACCUUAAUAGAGAAAAUGUCUUUACCAGAUUGGCCUAUGGGCAAGCCUAUAGGGCACUUUCUUGGAUAAUGAUUUAUACGGAAGAGUCCAGUCCACAGUGCGAGGUGCCACUUCUGUGAAGGUGACACAGGAUGAUAUGAAAAGCAGGAUGAGCAAGCCAGUGAGCAAUGCCCCUCUGUGGCUUCUGCUCGUUUCCUGACUUAGGUUUCUGCCCUACUAAGCCAAAAAUUGGUACUAGGAAUGGGGUGUUGUGACUAACCUGACUGUGUAUUUAGGAGGCAAUGUGGUUUCAUUUGAACUUUGGGCUGGAAAAGCCAUUGAGUGCUCGGAGCUCCGUGGGCUGUUCUCUGGGAUCUUGGAAAACAAGAUUUUGAGAGCAACGCAGAUGAUGGAGGCCCGGCUUGUGAAGUUCAGAGGGGAGCAAAGAUCUUUUGUUGCUUUUAUGUGAUGCUUUGAGUUUAGAUCUGUGGUUCUAGUCAGCCAGGGCUGUGGUUAAUAACAGACAGGAAUGCCUAAAGUGAAAACUUUGCUUUGCUGGUUCAAUUGACACUGGUUAGCUGGAGCGAAGAGCUUAGCUGGAACCUUCUCCCCCUAGGCCAACAUUUCAGGCAAUGUAGAAAUAAGGCUGCAUUUGUAUUGGGAAGCUUCUCUGCAGGGUUGAAUGGCACCAUUGGAGCUGACAUAUUGUGGAAGGGCUGUGCUCCAUUCACAGAGCUACCAGGGCCUUCAUGUGUGCCAGAGUAGGGUAAGAAGGGAUAUCACUUCCCUCUGUAGAACACAACUGCUCUCAACGCUAGGACCAGCUCCAAUGGAGCCAGUGAGUACAGUGGCCAUGGAGGACUUACUCCCUAGUGAACAUUCCUCAAGAAAUAUGUCUCUAGGCCUUCCCAGAAGGCUUGUAAUGGCUUGUGUUCUUGGCCAUAUGGAUGAAUCAACCCUACUUCUGCCCUGUCCCACUGGCUGGACUCAGCUGGCCACUCUUAAAGCUCUGUUGCCUCCAGAAUCAGGCCUCUAUGUGGCUCUGCUGUGACUCAUCAAACCAUCAGAUAUAGAGUCUCUUCCUCACACCUAUAUGUAGUCACCCAGCUCUGAAAGGUGCCUUCUGGCUAUGAAAUCUGAGGUCCUAGUCUUCUGUUUCUCCCACAGAAGGGCCAGGGUGCCCAGAAGCAUCCACACUCCAGCCAGCACAUUCAUACAUUUUCUUUCUUGAGCCUGGGCAUGGUGGCCAGAAUAACUGUGGUUGGCGUCUGCAAGUCUGUUGAAGCCACUUGCAGAGUACUCAAGUACUCUUGAUUAUUCAGAACUUAUGAUGAGGGAAAUUGGAAGACCCCAGAGAACUUUUUGGGGCCCACCAUAUAGUUCUGGAAACCUAGAGUAACCAUGGUAACCAGAUGGCCCCCUGGCUUCAGCAGGUCAGCCAGUCUGCGCAGGGCUGCCCGGGUUUGAAGAAGACGUUUGUGACCAUGGACCAGGAGCGCCCCCGCUGUGAACUCAGCAUCAACAGCAGAAACGAUCUCCGGAAAGUUCUACAUCUGGAGUUUCUUUACCGGGAAAACAAGGCAAAGGAAAAGCCUCUAAAAACAAACCUUGAGCUCAUUACCAGAUAUUUUCUGGACCAUUCUGGGAACACAGACGACUUAAGUCAAGAAACCCUGAUCCCUGCACUCCCAGUUCCAAAGACAAAUAAUAAAUUGCCUUCAAGCUGCUUGGAGACCACAUUGGUGAAUAUAUACGAUCUUUCAGAUGAAGACACAGGAAGACGAACCUCAUGGUCAGAAGCAGGCAAAGCCAGGCAUGACAAUUUUGAUGGGGACACACUUGGUAAUUUCAUAUCACCCAAAAAAAGCCCAUACAAAAGUAAGCCUGUACACACAGUCGCUGGUGACAGUCUCCCUUUGGUUCCUGCAUGGGAGAAGGUGGAGCAGCUUCAUUCAUCAGAGCCAUGCAUAGAUGUGAAGAGGCCAGUGGAGAGGACCAGGCCAAAGUCUGGCCUGAUUGUCCGAGGCAUGAUGGCUGGGCCCGUCGCCAGCUCCCCACAGGACUCUUUCCGCAAACGCUCUCUGAGACGGUCCUCAUCCUUGAGCAGGAAGCUCCAAGCCCCAGAGGAAUGUCAGCAGCCCUCUGAGUCUCUUGUCCAAACCCCAGCCUGUCCAGGUCCACAGGAGGUCCCCAGUUCCAGCAGUGACUCCGUCUCCAGGAGCCCUCUGGGCCAGCUGAAUGAACUGCCUAUGGAGAAGCCAAAUGCCUCUCCCAGCAGCCAAGGGCCGUCCCAGCGGGACAGGGCCAGGCUAAGAAGGGUUUCCGAGGAUGGCCUUCUGGGGUCCAGCCACACAGAAACCAGCACAACAUCUUUGAAGCUGUACUUGCCCGGUGGGAAUUCCAGGGUGACUCAGGAGAGGCCGGAAAGAGCGUUUAAGCGGCAGGGCAGCCAGCCCCCAUCUCUCAGGAAAAAUCAGUUGGUGUCUGACAAGGCCAGCGAUAAGCCAGAUGCCCUGUGGCUAGCCACACCAUGGCUAUGUUUUCUUCCAGAGGAUGUUGAGGAUGAACUGAUAAAAGAAGACAUUGUCCUAUCCCCACUUCCAUCAAUGCCCAAGCUGCAAGCUGUGUCAAAGCCAAUUGACCUCUCAUUGGCGAAGGAGAUGAAGACCCUUCUGUUUGGCUCUACCUUUUGCUGCUUCAGUGAAGAAUGGAAACUUCAGAACUUUUCCUUCAGUGACACUGCCUCGUUAAAAUACGGCAUUGUGCAGAACAAGGGUGGUCCCUGUGGGGUUCUGGCGGCUGUUCAAGGCUGUGUGCUGAAGAAACUCCUGUUUGACGAAGGUAGCAGAACCAACUCUAAUCUGAGGGGUAGAUUCCAGCACUCUCUCAACUCACACAUCUCAGUGCGGAGGUCAGACAUUUUUUGCCGGCUGAAGCCCUCAGAUGCCCAGAGAACCCACUGCCUUGCCCUGGCCAUUGCAGACAUCCUAUGGCGCGCUGGAGGCAAAGAGCAAGCCGUGGUCGCACUGGCUUCAGGAACAGCACACUUCAGUCCAACAGGGAAAUACAAAGCAGAUGGAGUCUUAGAAACACUCACACUGUAUAGUUUGACCUGCUCUGAGGACCUGGUUACUUUCCUGCAGCAGAGAAUUCAUCAGUUCGAAGUGGGGCCCUAUGGCUGCAUCCUGCUCACCUUGUCUGCCAUCCUGUCCAGAUCCUUGGAGCUUGUCCGCCAGGACUUCGAUGUCCCCACCAGCCAUCUGAUUGGAGCUCACGGAUACUGCACACAGGAACUUGUCAAUCUUCUCCUGACCGGGAGAGCUGUGUCCAAUGUUUUCAAUGAUGUGGUGGAACUGGACUCAGGCGAUGGCAACACUAUGCUCCUCAGAGGCAUUAAGGCACGCAGCGACAUCGGUUUCUUGUCUCUCUUCGAGCACUACAAUGUGUGUCAGGUCGGCUGCUUCCUGAAGACGCCGAGGUUCCCCAUCUGGGUGGUGUGCAGCGAGAGCCACUUCAGCAUCCUCUUCAGCCUACAGCCAGAGCUCUUGUCUGACUGGAGGACUGAGCGACUCUUUGACCUGUAUUACUAUGAUGGCUUGGCCAACCAGCAGGAGGAAAUUCGGCUGACUGUUGAUACCACCAAGACCAGUCCCGAGGACAGCUGCAGAGACCUUGUCCCUCCCCUUGAGCUCUGCAUCAGAACCAAAUGGAAGGGGGCAUCGGUGAACUGGAAUGGCUCGGACCCCAUCCUGUGACCCUUGGAUACAUCAAGCGCUAUGAUUUCAGCACUCAUCAAUGGGAUGACCCCUGGACCCCAGGUCUUAGGGGCUAGUCUCUUAGAGGAGUCCUCCUGACUGAGUUUGCAUGGCCACAGAGGCAUGCAGAGCCUCCAGUUUCUUCCAUGAGGGGCCGUGGUAGGGCCCAGUGUGCUGCUGAGGUUCCCUCCCCAUACAGCUGUGACUGCCAAAGACAGGAAAGCCAUCAAAGACUCUGCCUUUCGUCUGCAUUCCUCCUGGAUAGCCUUCUUUCCAGGGCCUCUGGUGUGGCUGGCCUUGGGAAUAUUGGACACUUGUUGCUACAGCUUCCAUAAAGCAAAAGUCAAGCCUAUGACCAGGGCCAAGACUUUGUGGUUCAUUGGUGUGAGGAGGCCACAGGUCUGCUCCCACCAUGGCUAAGGUGGGACAGGGAGGUGGAGGCCCUCCAAGGGGGCAAAGUAUCUCCUAGCCAAGAUCUGAGGACAAGCCCUGCCCUUUGCCUCAGGGUUGUCCUUGUCUAGGUUCCCUGGUCUCUGUGUUCUCUGCAGAAGCAGCAUAGUCUAAGAUACAAGCUACAUAGUCUGUUGUCCAAGAGAAGCCCAAUUCCUAGAAAACCCAAGCCGGGGCUAUCUGCUUCUGUGAGGCCACACGAGGAUGGGUUGGGCCUAGGAGGAAGCUGUAAUGGGUGCAAAUAGAAAGCUACCCAGGGAGCUUAGCCAUGCAUGUGAGCAAAGAAGAUGGAAGAGGGAUGAAGUGUGGACUUGGCCUCUGUGAGUGGGCAGGGCUGUGGAAGAACUCACACUGCAGAGUAAGGAGACGGGUUGGAUGGGAAAAUGGUAUGUUCUGAAUUUCACUUGCUA